AUGGCAGCAGUUAGACCCCCAAUAACGGACAUCGACCCGGAGUCGGAGGUCUACCAGGAUGCCUUGGCUCAAGGCGCCAUAGCCAAGGCGAGGGGGGCAAAGUAUAUGGAGGUCCUGAUGGCUCUGGGACAGCAAAGAUACCCCCUAGUACCACAAGUCGGUGGACAGGUGAAACUACAGUGCCAUCCAUAUUCCCUUGCACAGUCUGCAACAAUGCUUCUAAUGAAGAAGAAAGAGCGGCGGGGUCACGUGAUCUUGGAAUGCACUGAAGCACGGGCCGAGGGAAAACCGCCGUCGAGGGGCAACGACACCGUGCACUGGUUUUUCAGCUAUCCACGCAUGGUUCGUGCACCUAACCGCUGCGCGCAAAACGCUUUUUUUUUGAUGGCUGGGCCUAGAUUGGACCCCGGCAAUAUGCCAUUCCGCAGGAUUUUGUGUCCUAAGCGUCUACCAUGCUUUCCCAGUUAUGAGGUUCAUUCAUAG